UAGCAGAAUGAUGAGUGAAGCUUGCGUUCGAUUCAUCAGUUUGCUUCACUCUGCCUUUCCUUUCCAUUCCCUUCAUAGCCCAAACCCUAAACGCCGUUGGUUCUUCCCGCCGGCAACCGCACAUUGCCAGUUCUCCAUUUUCUGAUCAGGAAGAAUGAGGCCUACAAUGAUGCUUAGGGCUCUAACCAAGCAGUUUCUUGGAAUUGUAGGCGAUACAGCAAACACUGUUGCUAAGAAGCCACCCCCACCUCCUCCUCUGGUGUCACGCAAACCGGCGUUCAUUGAUGCAUUCUUGUAUAAGAUGAAGAAGAAUCCAAAUCUUUUGUUGAACAAGACCAUUUGGUCACGGAGAUCGACUAUCUUGCCAGAAUUUGUUGAUAGCACUGUCAAGAUUUACAAUGGGAAAACCACUAUUCGUUGUAGGAUCACUGAGGGAAAAGUGGGUCAUAAGUUUGGAGAGUUUGCUCUCACCAGCAAACGCAAGACCAGAGAACAAGCCAAUUCCAAAAAUGUUAAACAACUUAAGAAAAAGAAGUGAUUUCUUCUUUUUUUUUUCUGUAUUUUUGGACAAAAAUAAUUUUGCGGGUAUUUUAUUUCUGCAAUUAUUUACAUCAAUAUAUAUGUUUCUUCGGAGGGCGAACCCUGGUGCAGCGGUAAAGUUGUGCCUUGGUGACUUGUUGGUCAUGGGUUUGAAUCCGGAAACAGCCUCUUUGCAUAUGCAAGGGUAAGGCUGCGUACAACAUCCCUCCCCCAUACCUUCGCAUAGUGAAGACCUAAUAGUUGAAACCUGAAAUGGGGUACGAAGUUUUUUUUUUUUAUAUAUGUUUCUUCGGUUCUUUAGAUUGUAUUUGAAGACCUAAUAGUUUUCCCUGCGAGAAUAUUGGCUACAAGGAUUUUGAUGAAAUUUGACCGUGAUUGCAGUUGAAUUGAUUCUUUGACUAUC